AAAACCCAGCCUCAGACCUCCCCCCCAAGACAUCCCAAGGCAACAAGACAUCCGACCCGAAGCCCCAUCUGCAGUCCCAGACCCAUGGGGCCGUCGCGGCGUCGUCCUUUGUAUGACCUGAGUCGUCGAUUAUGUAUAGGAUUUGCCUGGAUUGGGGGCACGGCAUGCGGCAAUGGCAACAAAUCAUGGGAUGGAACUUGCCAGAUGAGGUUCUCAUUCCUGGUUAGGUUCUCAUCCCUGGUUAGGUUCUCAUUCCUGGUUAGGUUCUCAUCCCUGGUUAGGUUCUCAUCCCUGGUUGUUAGGUUCUCCAUGCGCCAUCCACCAAUUUCAUUCAUUUGAGUACACAUCCGUACUCAACCCUGCUCCACAACGAGCGGAGUUUACAUGUGUCUCAUCGAACUACCACCACACACCACUCCUAAGAUAACAAUAUAACAAUAUAACACAUG